CAUAAGACCGCACAGUCUAUUAUAUAUGUCUAUGGAUUAUACAUAAUUCUGAAUCUGACCUGACCAAUCACAACAAAGGAGGAAUGACGAGAAAAUUCGUUAUUUUCAAACAGAAGAGGCGGUACAUUGCGAUUUCAGCGAUGCCGAAGGAUAAAAAAAACAAUUCUCACCCGCAACAAGUGAUUUCACAAGUGCAUAACAGUUUUAAACAAUUAAGAAUAUCUAAAACAUCGUCUGUCUUGUGUGAAAAUACAUCGAAUAAUACAGAAAAUAUACCUACUAUUGCAGACCAGUGUAACACUUACUUGGCAAAUAAUAAACAAACGGAAGAAAAUACAAAAAAAUCUAAAACAGUACUCUCUAUACAGAAUAAGACUGAUGAAGAAAAAGGUAAAGAGAAUAAAAAUUGCAAGGACCUGGAAACAGGGAAGAAUGAAGAACAAAACAAUGAGAAACAUGAAAAUCAAAAUGAGAAAAAAUGGGUCUUAACAGAUUUUGAUAUCGGACGACCAUUAGGAAAAGGAAAGUUUGGAAAUGUUUAUUUAGCUAGAGAAAAAAAAUCAAAAUUCAUUAUUGCCAUGAAAGUGUUAUUUAAAGCGCAAAUACAAAAAGCUGAUGUAGAACAUCAAGUUAGGCGAGAAAUAGAAAUUCAGACACAUUUGAGACAUCCAAACAUUUUGAAAAUGUAUGGCUAUUUCCAUGAUGAUAAGAGAGUAUAUUUAAUUUUGGAAUAUGCUCCAAAUGGAGAAUUAUUUAAAGAACUAACUGCCCAGCCAAAGAAGCGUUUUGAUGAAGUUAGAACAGCUACAUAUGUAUCGCAAUUAGCAGAUGCUCUGAAAUAUUGUCAUAGUAAAAAAGUUAUACAUCGUGAUAUUAAACCCGAAAAUUUAUUACUUGGAAUAAAGGGUGAAUUAAAAAUGGCAGAUUUUGGGUGGUCUGUUCAUGCUCCAGCUUCCAGAAGGAACACUUUAUGUGGCACAUUAGAUUAUUUGCCACCUGAAAUGGUUGUUGGGAAAACACACGAUCAUACUGUGGAUUUAUGGGGUCUUGGUGUUUUAUGUUAUGAAUGUUUAGUUGGUACUCCACCAUUUUAUGCUAAAAGUUAUGAUGAAACAUAUAUGAAGAUCAAGAAAGCCCAAUAUACAUUUCCAGGCUUUGUUAGUGAAGGUGCAAGGAAUUUAAUAUCUAAGUUACUAGUUGUUGAGCCAGAUCAAAGACUGCCUUUAGAAGAUGUUAUGAGACAUCCUUGGAUUGUACAAAAUCGAACUACUGAGCCACAUGUUCAGUGAUGAAUUAGUUUGCUUUAACAAAUAUUAUACUAUAUUUUAUAUUUAUGAAGA